CACUGGCGGUACAUAUCCUAUUCAUAAGUCGUGAACUUCAAAAAGGAUCGCCAGACACACUUUUCGUCUUUCUGAAGUCAGCACUGUAUUUUUUGCGGUUCCUGCCUUUAAAAUGGGACGUUGGCUGUUGGUGCUGAUUCUUUGUUCAGCUGUGAGUCUGUCGCUGAUAGAGGCAGCUCCCCCCAGAAAGCCACUGAAUCGGUACUGCUGUCCACAUUUCUGGACCCUACGAGGUAACCGCUGCUACCGAUUCAUUGGCAAGACCCUGGAUUGGCACGGCGCUCAAAGUUACUGCAAUGGUUUGGAUCACAAGGCCAACUUGGUGUCACUCAAUACAGAAGGAGAGGCAGAGUUCGUUCAUCAUCUGUUCAAAGAGAAAGGAGGAGGCCUGUACACUCAUUACUGGACGGGCCUGAGCGACAUCGACUCGGAGGGUAACUACAAAUGGGUCGGUAUCAACAAACCGAUGACCUACAGCAAUUGGAAUACCAGGCAGCCAGACAACGCCGGGCACAACGAAGAUUGCAUUGAAGUAGUCACUCACUCUGGCUACUGGAAUGACAUCCACUGCACCGAUAGACAGCCCUUCAUCUGUGAGCGACCACAGCCAGUCUCUUACUAGAACAGUAACCAUGGUGACGAUUUCGAUUCCUAAGAUGUGCUCACAAUUACCCUCGGCGUGGACUUCACCGUUUUGUAAACGUCAUCGCUUUCCAACGCCGUAAAACCAGUAACAUUUAGCUCCCAAGAAAAUAAUGAACAGAACAACAACAAGUUCUCCUGACGAGAACUUAAAAACGAAGCCGUUUACCGGUAACUUUUGUGAUUUGAGUUUUUGACUCGGAACUAAUUAACAUGUCAAUCAUCUCAAGAACAUUUUUCCAGGAAGAAAAUAUUUCCUCUUAAAAAAGGCCUCCGUAGUUUAAUCCAAUGAUUACAGUAGUAAGCGAUUUGCUGUUAAAAUGUUAAUAAUG